CACUCAUUCACUCACUCACUCAUUCAGAGUCUGUCCGUCAGACUCAAGCCGGACACGCGCAAGCCGGACACGCGCAGAGCGGACACGCGCAGAGCGGACACGCGGAAUCGCAUCGGUGCUACUAAAGCCGCUCAUCCUCUCUUUAUAGACUGUCGCGGAGUUGUAAAAGAGUCUCUCCGUGGAGGAGUGUGUGUGUGUGUGUGUGUGUGUGUGUAUGUGUGUGCGCGUGUCCGACAGUCUGGAGGAGUAACGGAAGAGCGUUAAUCCGUUUCAAAAAAAGUUUCAUAAACUUUACAACACAAGGCGAAGGGAAGGAAAUAAAGUUCAUAUCAGAUAAAAUUAGGAAAAUGAUGCGCCAGGAAGUCCAUCAGGCUCACCUCGUGCUGCUGUUGGCCGCCGCUGUGGGGUGUGUUCAGGUGCAGGACCACGCGCUGAUGUUGUCCAACGAGAGGAGCACGAUAGAGAGAACGUACGAGCUGACCAAAUACCUGAACCACCAGCUGAAGGAAAUUAAAGACACUUACCUCUCGUAUCUCGGUCCUCCAUUCAGUGACCCAGGCUUCUCCCCGCCGAGGCCCAACAUCUCGUCCCUGGCGGUUCCCAGUGCAGCCACGCGGGAGGACCUGUGGCGUGGUCUUGAGAACGGCGCCCGUCUGGCGCAGAACCAGCGAGCCUACAGUGUGCUGCUGUGUGCUGUGCGUGAGCUGGCACGCUCCACGCUGUGUCCAUACCUCCAAAGCUCGCUCCUUCACUUCUGCUCCGGCCUCAGUGGACUCCUGGGUUCCAUCUCAGGGCUGAUGAACGCCCUGGGCUACACCCCGCCCCUGCACGGCAACGCUCCGCCUUCUCAGAAAUACACGCCGCUGUUGUCUUCGCCGUAUCAGCGGGCAAACGCGAACGGCCCUGCCCCUUUGAGGAACCAUGCGUCUCGGGUUCAGAGUGGCCUGGGAGGAACGAGGGACGGUACAGCUGGAUAUGAAACCGAGAGGAAGAGGGAUAGAGAAAGGGAGAGGGCUGAGCGAGGGAGGAGAGGGAGGCGGAGAGAGGGGGAGAGCUGGGCGGAGAGAGAAGAGGAGGAGCGGGAGGAAGGUCUGGAGAGGUGGAGGAGGAGGAGAAGACUGCUGACUGUUGAAGAUGAGGAUGACGGUAAACAAACAAGCCGCAGCUACGAUCCAAACAGCAACAACAAUAACAACAUGAACAACACCCACACAAGUUCCACGCACUAUUUCAGCAAAUAUGGCAAAGGCAAACACUUUAACAUCAACAGCACAGGCAGCGAUGCCCAGCUUCCCACGGAAACGGAGAGAGAACGAAGGAUAAGCAGAGACGAAGAGGCAGACGAGUUCCAACCGGAUGUUCCUGUCCUCUUUUCCUCUCCGUCCCUCCAUUCUGGGCGCUCUGGACACCCCAUAUCCUCUCCCCACCCACCGCUCUCUCCCCUCUCCCUCCUUUAUACAUACGAAGACGGGGUCACUGAGGUCGACUCGCACUUGAGCAUGGCCGCUCCCUCGCCACGCCCUGCCCUCAACGACUUCACACGGAAAGUGGAGGGAUUCUGGGUACUCAGAGAGCUGCAGAGUUGGCUGUUUAGAUCAGCCAAGGACUUCACCAGACUGAAGAAGCGACUCCGUGUCUGAGUGUCUGACUAUGUGUGUGCGCGCGUGUGCGUGUGUGUGUGAGUGAGUGAGUAAGUGAAAGUUCUUGGAGAAAGGAACUCAAAAGGACUCACACUUUGCACUUGCAUGGAAAAAGCGAACUCAUCCUGACAAAAUAAAAGAAGACACAAGGAGAGACAGACAGGCUUUUCAGAGCGAGAGGCGAGUCAGCAGCUUAAGGAACGUGAAUCACAUUUCCGUCUUUUUGAGAUGGAUGAAAGGAAGACAUGAAGCGGAAAUAAAGGGCAGAAAAGUGUCUGCUGUCUCAUAAACUGACUCAGCACAUGGUGACUUGUGAUUACUGAGUGCUUUUAUGCUCACACACACUGUCACACUUCUCAUAAUGGGCUGUGUCAUGCGUCUUUGUAACCACUACAGUAUGUGAUCUUCCACUUACUGCCAUAUUGGGCCUUUUUCCACUGCAAGCGUCUGAACCGUUGACACCAGAAAGCAAUACAGGUCUUUAUUUUUUCAUUGACCACUGCUCAAGAUUGGUACCAAGAAUAGGGUCGGGUUAGCAGUUCGUUACUCCUAACUACUUGUGCAUAGAAUAACACAACUCAGAUUAAAGAACACAGAAUCGUCUAAAUUUGAUCCAUAAAACUUUCUUUGAAGACUAUCUAUAUCUAUACAAUGACCUGUGAAUAUAUUCAUAACAUGUUAUGAUGCAUUAAUAAAUCAUUAUACUCAUUGUUAUAUAUUCAAUUAUUUAUGAAAAGCCAUUACAGUUUAUAGCCAUAGUAAUAAUGCAUUUAUUAAUUGUUAUUAGAAUUCAGAGAAGUUCAGUCCCAGUUUUCUUAGUGCAUUAUGUUCGGUUUUUUAAUCAACAGCAUUUCCAGUGUUUCAUUUCACACAAUAUAUAGAUAUAAAGCACUAAAUUAAAAAAAAAAGUUGAAAAGUCUUUUUUAUUUAUUAAAGAAAAGGUAUGCCUGGCUUUCUUUGAUAUUAGUGUUAAAUUACUAUAGCAAUGCCUUACGAAUGCAUUAUAACAUGAUAUGAAUGUGUUCAAAGAUCAUAAAUAUAUAAAUAUGAUCUCCAUAGAAAGUUACCCACUAAACUAUAUCAUUGCUUGUUACUGGUAUUUACAGAAAUGUUACAUUAACAUGACAUAACUGAUGUUAUAUUUCACACAUUUUUCAAUUUUCAAGUGAUUUUUACAAACGAAUCUUUUUUUUUUUUUGUUCAUUUUUCCAUGGUGAAAUGCACCUUCACAUGUUUUUCCCCCACAUGUAAUCACAUAUUACUCACAUGAUCACACGUGGGAAACGUUUGAUCCUGUGCAAAAUGCAUGUGAUUUUUUUUCCCCUCAAAAGGGAAGCUUUAUUACUUACCUUUCGUCUGGAAUGCAAAUCUUUGUGUGUCUUUAAUACUUAUUUAAGCCUCAUAAAAGAACCUUAAAGAUGGCAGGUGUAAACGAAUUUUUAAAGAUACCGCAUAUUCACUUUCCCAGAUGGAAGACAUAAUAAAGGUACAGAAGACAAGCAGUGACAAGCAACGGUACAGUUUAGUACCAUUUUUUCUGAGAGUCGUUGUUGCUGGUGGGAGCCUCAAUAGCAACAUUGUGCUGUUUUAUUUCUCAACCUUUUAUUUCUCAAAAAAACGUGUCAGCACAGUGCAUUUACAGUUUAAACGCAGCACAAAUGAACAGAAACACUUUCAUUUUCAAAUCAUAUCUGAUGCCAACUUUAGUGGGUUUUAGUGAGUUGAUAACAUCCUUACAAUUAUUUUUUGUCUGCUGACAAAAUGGAAUUCGUCAUGGAGACUUUUCAUCAGUCAUUUUGCUGGUUAAAUAAAUGUAUGAUCAGAUAAAGGAAAAAUAAUGUUAAUCCAAACUUUUCUUCCAUGUUGGACUUUACAGAAGUGUUUUUACACUUUCUUUCUUUCUUUUCUUUUUUUGUAUACUGCAGUUACUUUUACUGUCAUCACUGUGACAUCACAUACUGUAAAAAAAAAAAAAAAAAAAAAGAUUAGCUAGAACCUCAGCGCUCUUGGAUCAUGUUUGGGCAGUUUUUGUUUUUAGGUUUUUAAGAUGUGCAGUGGAAAAAGGCCCAUUGUUGGUGUUCAUAAGUGCUUUGUGUGUGUGUGUGUGUGUGUGUGUGUGUGUGUGUGUGUGUGUGUGUGUGUGUGUCGCACUGAGGUGGCACUAAAAGGAAGCACAUCCACAAAUGGACCAGGAAUCCUUUUUCACAUGCAAAGUGACAUUGCUUUAUAUUUGUAUAUUUUGAUAUUGUAAAAAAAUAUUCUGUAAUAUUUAUUAAAGGGUUUAUUUAUUAUUCUUUGGUACGAUUUGAUUAAAUGAAAUCAAGUGGCGUGAUUAAAUCCUGGUUUGAAGUGCUUUUCCUCUGGCUGCCCUGUUUGUGUGAACGAGGUCUCAUGGCUCGAGGGGAAAGCAGGCUGACUCGGAGGAUACAGAGUUUUAUUAGUCUGUCUAAAUGAAAUUUAUGGCCAGUCUUUCAUCUAACACCACAGCCUCUCAUCUAUGUCUCAUCUCUUCCCCUCAAUCUGUCUCUCUCACGCCUCUCCUUUUUCCCCUCACACUCACCUACUGUCUCGCUCUCACACUCGCACACACGCAAUAAACACAAGGUACGCAUGAACGGUUAAGGUAACGAAUGCAACCUUACAUUCAUGUGCUAUAAACACUGUGGCCACACACACACACACACACACACACACGCACACACACACAUACACACACAUGAAUGAAGCGGCGCACCCUCCAGUCUGUGUUUGGGGAAAAAGUAAAGAAUCAGUGGGAACUUUUCUCAUCCCUUCAAGCUACACACCUGCAUGUGGCCAGUUGUGAAACCACACCCAACACACUGCACACACACACACACACACACACACAUGCACACACACACGCACAAACAUAUACACACAUGCAUACACACACGCACACAAGACCUUUGUUUUAUAAAAUUAUUUCUAAAGACAGGAUAUAGUUAAUGAGGUUCAUACAGGAUGUGUGUGUGUGUGUGUGUGUGUGUGUGUCUGACGGUUUAAACACGACCCUAACCUUAACCUCUUUGUUUUAUCUGAUUAGGUUUUUAGCGUUUUUGAUGAGAAUUUGGUCUCUCUCUCUCUCACACACACACCCUCACAAACAGUACUUUAUUGUAACCUUUGUGUGUUGUUUCUACAUACUUGUGUAUUAUUUUAGCUUAAUGAUACUUAAACCUGACCUCAAACCCUUACCUCAGUAACCCUUAACUUCCUGUAAACCUUAUUUAUUUAUUACCCAAAUCUCAGCCACCCUGCAAAAAAAAAAAAAUUCAUAUCCUGUCUGAAAUAAAAAUAUUUUUUUUAUUUUCUAAUCAUGAAACUAUCUGACUUUGCCCAAACUGUGGCUAGCUUCCACGGCCUUCUUUCAUUUUUUAAAAGUUCCUGC